AAUCAGGUAGAUCAUGGUAUCGCUCAAAAUAGAAAAUGCGUGUGUUGUGUAACCUUAACACAUUUUUUUAACUUCGGCUCUAUAAAAUAGGAGCCUUUGCGAUCGAGAAACCAAUCAACUGAUCGUCACAACACUAAACGUUUUAGGAAAUUUCAAGAGUGAAAAUGACAUCUCAUCGGACUUAUCUGAUCGUUUUCGCUUUGUGUUGGUUAGACAAAAGUGCUGGCUGUAGAGAGGGGGACAUAUGCACUAAAUACGAGCAUGAUGUGAUCCGCUUGAGACUCAUGCCCGGCACGAACUGCAACUCGUUCCUUCAAUGCGCUACCUUGGCAACCCACGAUGACGCAACGGUGACCUACUACUGGGUGAGGCACAACUGUGCGCCAGGCACCAAGUUUGAUUCGUCAAUAGGAGUUUGCAACCAUGUUGACGCCUUUAUGUGUGAAGAUGGAUGGUUGACUACACCUGCACCGUCAACGCAACAAACACCUACGACGCCUAUUGACAAAAGUGAUGGCUGUAGAGAGGGGGCCAUAUGCUCUAAAUACGAGCAUGAUGUGAUCCGCUUGAGACUCAUGCCCGGCACGAACUGCAACUCGUUCUGUCAAUGCGCUACCUUGGCAACCCACGAUGACGCAACGGUGACCUACUACUGGGUGAGGCACAACUGUGCGCCAGGCACCAAGUUUGAUUCGUCAAUAGGAGUUUGCAACCAUGCUGGCGCCUUUGUGUGUAAAGAUGGAUGGUUGACUACACCUGCACCGUCAACGCAACAAACACCUACGACACCUAUUGACAGAAGUGCUGCCUGUAGAGAGGGGGCCAAAUGCUCUAAAUACGAGUAUGAUGUGAUCCGCUUGAGACUCAUGCCCGGCACGAACUGCAACUCGUUCUGUCAAUGCGCUACCUUGGCAACCCAUGAUGACGCAACGGUGACCUACUACUGGGUGAGGCACAACUGUGCGCCAGGCACCAAGUUUGAUUCGUCAAUAGGAGUUUGCAACCAUGUUGGCGCCUUUGUGUGUGAAGAUAGAUGGUUGACUACACCUGCACUGUCAACGCAACAUACACCUACGACGCCUAUUGACGAAAGUGCUGGCUGUAGAGAGGGGGCCAUAUGCUCUAAAUACGAGCAUGAUGUGAUCCGCUUGAGACUCAUGCCCGGCACGAACUGCAACUCGUUCUGUCAAUGCGCUACCUUGGCAACCCACGAUGACGCAACGGUGACCUACUACUGGGUGAGGCACAACUGUGCGCCAGGCACCAAGUUUGAUUCGUCAAUAGGAGUUUGCAACCAUGCUGGCGCCUUUGUGUGUGAAGAUGGAUGGUUGACUACACCUGCACCGUCAACGCAACAAACACCUACGACGCCUAUUGAUGGAUGGUUGACUACACCUGCACCGUCAACGCAACAAACACCUACGACACCUAUUGAUGGAUGGUUGACUACACCUGCACCGUCAACGCAACAAACACCUACGACGCCUAUUGUCAAAUUUGGCCAAGAGUGUGGUCGUUCAGCCAACUCAUGUGAUCGAUCGGAUGGAGUCAAGUGUAAACAACACGACUGCUGUGCAAAUAAAGGAGGUGAAGUCCCACCAUGCAGUGACAAGUUCUGCCUGUGCGAGACCGAACGGGGCUGGAUCUACGACUCGACAUCGCCGUCAAAGUGUAAGCAGGCAGAUAAAUUGGCAAAAAUGAGCUGUGAUUCUGAUGGAUACAAAGCUUCUCGACCUUCUUAAACAACGAGAUGAUACCGGCGCUACGACAAACUCCUAAACAAAAAUACGGACUAUGAAAAAUAUCAUUUUUCUUCUUUUUGUUUUAUAACUCUCUUAUUUUCUUAAAACAAAUAUGGCGUACAACUAUGUGUCAGUUUUGCGGUUAUAUGUUUUUAUAGUCGCAUACAAUUUUUUUAUAAUUAUAUAUUUGUAUACGUUCCAUGCAUGUUUAUGCAAUUAAAGGGGCCUUUUCAUUGAUUUUGGCAUGUAUUAAAGUUUGUCAUUAAUUUCUUUAUUUUGAUAAAUGUAACCAUUGGAUCUAAAAAGCGCCAGUAAAAAAUUAAGAAUAAAAAAAAAUUAAAGAAAAAAAAGUAAACCUCAACAGGGCUCGAAACACUGCCCCUGGUGUCCUGGAGUCAAAAGUCUAUCGCUUAGACCACUCGGCCAUCCGUGCUCAUUCUACGAUGGUCGUAUUUUUAUACUGUAUAUAGACCAUUGUCGUAGCUUCACAAAAUAUAACGACAAUAACAGAACUCUCCAAAUUAUUCAAUCGUUUCGCGUUGCAACGCUUUAUAAUUUUCAGGUUUUUAAAUCGUCAAAAGAUUAAUAUAAUGGCUAUUUUAGAGCGUGGUAAAUGUUCAGUAUUGCUGUUUCCUCACAAAUAUCAUAACUUAAAUGAAAAUGUGCGAAUCUGAAAAAAAAAAAUUCAAUGUGGUCCAUUUACCAAAACGUGAAAAGGCCCCUUUAAUUACAAUCUGCACGUACGUGAAUUUUAAUAUUUUAGGUGCAAUGUACAACCCUAACCCUAACUCAAGAAUUAAACGUAAGGCUAGAAAAAAGAAAGAAAUGACAUUUAUGUACAUAUUUUGACGUUAAUAUAUUUCAAGUGAAAUCUAUGUUUAUAUGAAAUUCAAUGGCAAGACACAAAAUCAAAAACCGCCUGAUGACUGUUAGGAGUCCCAGUCAAAUCUUCUCGUGGGACAGGAACAAUAUUAACUAAGAAACAAGACUUCUGCCAAAAGCGAACGCGCUCCAGUGUGUUUCUAUAAUAAAUAGUGUUUGUAAAUAUUUUAAAUUCAGCGAGCAGUUUCUAAAAAGGCAAUCCAAUUCGUUGACAAACAUAUUCUUGAUGAGAUUUCAUUUUCUCUAUGCAGUAUUUCUUAAGUAAAUAAUAGCGUUGUUCAUACAGACAUACAUGAGGAAUUGACGGAUAAACAGAUAAACAGAAUGACAGUCAGAUUGCGUUAUUCUCAUCCCCCUAACUUACAAAAGCACUGAAUCGAUAGAUCGAUACGUUGUGUGCCUUUAGUAUCGAAAGUUUGCUGUUUGCAUUUUAUUUGAAGUGGUCGUGUUUUUCGGCGACAAUAACACAGCGUCUUUGCGGCGACAACCACAUCGCGUCUAUGCGGCGACAAUCACAUGGCGACUAUGCGGUGACAAUCACAUCACGUUAAUGCGGCGAUCGCGAUAGACAUGUUUUCAAACAUACACAUAAAGCAAACGAGUCGAACUCUUUAUAAUGGUUACCACUCAUGUUUUAAACGAAACAACAUAAAUAGUUAUGCAGCUUUCUUGGUGCUGGUGUUACUUUGCUUAUAUUUCUAUGUACACAACGUUUGUCUUGAAUAUUUGAAAUUGUCAAUUUAUCACUGUGUCAAAAUGCUAUUUCAGUGUUACAUGGCUUUCGAUCACAUGUUUUAUCAUAUUAUUGUUGUUGUUUUCCGUUUAUCUCUUUCUUCAAAUAAAAUUUU